GCAACACUCGACGAUAUAACCCAAACCACUUUCAAUCAAAUGGACUUGGACAGAUCGGGAAAAAUAACUCUACCAGAAUUUAAAUUCAAUGUCAAAAGACACGGCAGUGUCCAGCCUUCGGAAAGAGCCAUCAGGGAGUACUUCGAAAAGAUGGACAAGAAUAGAGAUGGCAAAUUGAGCUUCAAUGAGAUAAAAACAGCAUUUGCAGAUAAUGUAGGAAUGAGUGUGUCAGCAAAAUCGUCUAAAAAGAAGGAAACUCCGCAGGGACCAAGCGUUCAGGAGAUGGCGCUACAAACUUUCAAGGCGAUGGACUUGGACAAGUCAGGUAAAGUCAGCUUUAUCGAAUUUCAAAAGAAUAUGGAGAAGAAGGUUGGAUCCGCAAUGUCCUCGGCUGCAUUGAGAGGUUUCUUCGACUCCUUUGAUGUGAACAAAGAUGGCGAACUCAGUCUCGAAGAACUAACGAAACUUAUGGAAACCUCGCCAAUGUAA